UGCAAUAAACACCAAAUCCAAUUCGCUUACUAGCUAGCCUGCAGAGAUCACUACGCUGAGUUACGUUGCAUUAUUUUUCCAAUCGAUAUAGCCAUGUUGGCAACCACCAUCAGGAAUUGGAGAUGGUCACCAAAACUGCCGAUCAUCAAGAGUACAAUUGGAUCCUCGGGACAGAAGAAAUGCAUGGCAUCUGCCACUGCUCCCAAACUGGCCCCGCCUAGUAAUUCAUCAUCUCCUACAAACAAUAGUGCCCCAUACAACAAGUAUGCUUUGACGGGUGAGUACGCGCCGGUGUACAUAGUGAUGGGAUUUGUUUCGAUAGCGGUAGCAAUCGGGGUUCACACGGCGAAGCAGCAGCUGGUGCACUCUCCUGGGGUGAGCCUGAGGAAGACGAGGAGGGGAUCGAUGUCGGAGGCCGACCGGCCCGAUCUGGCAACGACCAACGGCCAGAACUUCCUCAACAAAUCCUUCCUCCGCAAAGUUGGUCACAUUCAGCAACAGGACAAACACUGAUGACAAUCCUGCUAGAGCUGCUGCUGGGGGAUCAAACGUCUUAUAUAUGUCGUUGUUAUUAUGUUAUCAUCAUGGAUUAUUGCGAUUACACAUACAUGAAUGUGUGUCAUUCUCCUUAUUGGCUCAACGAUGUUAAAGUUUCUGGCAUUUUGUUAAAUGAGAAUGAUGUUAAAUUUUGUUAGAUGAGAAUUAUAUUUGCACAGGAAAACACGUUCAUCGUGAUCCUAAAAAAUCAACAUGUUUUUCGGGGAAAAAUUGGGUUCAAAAUAUACCGCCAUAUACUAUAAUGGUAAAUUGUGGUGAAAGGUUGUAGAUAGUUGUUAGUAUAUUUCUACCGUAAUGUAUACCAUCAUUCUACACUGUGGUAUAUUCAUAUCAUCAUAAUACACUUUCAUAUUACCAUGAUAUAAUUUAUGUGUACUACUAACUUUACCAUAAUGAUAUAUAGUGAUAUAAUUAAUAUUUCUAAAAUUUUUUAUUUUAAGAUACAUCAAAAUGGAUCUCAUUUUGAAUAAUAUAAGUUUCUUAUUUAUCGGUGCAAAAAACUGAAUUUCGAAUUAAAAUGAAGGACCGUUCUGGACAUUCUCUCUCUACCUUUCCUUUUUGAAAUUUGCUCUGCCUUCUCUCUUCUUCUAGUCUUCCUUUUCUGAUUUCAGGGGCUGCCGCCGGCUCCUUUUAGGUGACCGGCGGUGGCCCAAAAUUUUUAUUUUCCUAUUUUUUUUGUUUCUUUAUCAUGCUUUGUUCCUUUGCCUAAGUCCUAGGCAGUUUUCAAUCGGAUUUCCAUCCGUUGUGGCUUUCAGUUUUUUCCUUUCCAGUCGAGCUAUGACUCUUCUUUCAGAUCUAGGUUCUCGGUUCUUGGGCUUGCUCGUCGUAGCAGUUGGAGUCUGCAACUUGGGAGCCUCUUCCAGAUCUGGAUGGUGGGGUAGUCCCUCGUUGGUGGCCUCAUCUUCAAGAUGAAGCCAUUGUCUUCUUUUCCUCUCCGACCUCCCUAGGUGUUUGAGUGGCUUGGUGAGCCGUCGGAUGGUGGUGGGUUGGGUCUUCUCCGGUGGUUACGGUUGGGAAUCGGUGUUUUUCGUGGAGUUUGUGGCUACCUUGGGAGCUUCUGCUCUUCUUCGAGCCUAAUCUCUCUGCCUCGGCCUCCUCUGCCUCUUCAGUUUGGAGCAAUCUGGUUCAUAUCCUUUUCCACCGCCACGCAAUCUAGUUUCUAGAUUCACUGUGAUGGAUGCCUUUGAGUUUUCCCCAGGAGGCGGCACAUGGAGUGAUGAUGUUCACCUACCAUGGAUUUCAAUAUGAUCGGACAAGCUGAUUGUGGUUUUGUUGCACUUUGAUUGGUUGUUUGCUAGAGAGAUUCAUGAUGAUCUUUUUUCGGUCAAGGGUUUUGCUCUUUUGGGUGGUUGCUUGCAGAAUGUGUUAUGUUCUUUAUUGUUGCAUUUUGUCUUACACAACUUUGUUUGUAACCGAAUGCCCUUGGGCUUCCUCUUGUUGGAACCAGAUUGUUGGUUCGUUCUCCCUCUUUGUAACUGACCGGUUUUAAGUGCAAUAAAAUCCCCCUUUGUCAAAAAAAAAAUGAAAGAUAUAACCCUUUAAAUUUUAAUAAAGAAAGUCAUACGUG